AUGGCAGUAAAACAUGUUGUUAAAGAAAGUGGGAAUAAAAAUUUCACAGCUGCUGCAUUGGACGACGCUAUGUUACUAAGUGGCUUUGGCGUUUACAACAUGUUGCACAUGUUGAUGUGCGGCAUUAUUCUGAUGGGUGUGAUCAUGCAGAGCCUCGCGCUCGGUUAUGUGAUGCCGGCGGCGCAGUGUGACUUGGACCUGACGCUGCAGCAGCGCGGGUGGCUCGCUGCAAUACCGUUCAUGGGUGACUAUAAUAAUAGGAUAUACAAUACAGUAAAUGAUAUGGCCACAUCUGGACCUUCAGCGGUGGUUUACACGUAUCUAGGUGAAUUCAACAAUCUUCGACACCGAGACAAGAUGGUGGCCUUUGGCUCAUCAUUUGUAGGAAUCGGAACAGUGGUACUGCCAGCGGUCAGUUGGCUAAUAUUACCAAUGGAAUUCUACUAUCCUUUGCCACUGCUGGGCAUUGCUUAUCGCUCUUGGCGCCUAUUAGUAGUAGCUUGCGCGCUGCCAUACGCACUUGGUGCUGUGCUACUGAUGUUCUACCCUGACAGUCCUAAAUUCCUUAACGCUGUUGGCCGACUAGAGGAAUGCUUAGAAGUAGUCAAGAAAAUAUAUUCCGUGAACCAGUGCAAGCCUAAGGAAAGCUUUGAGGUAAAAACGCUGAUAAGCGACAAUCAAAACAACAAAAAGGAAAACAAUCGAGGUAUUAUGACUCUGCUGCAUUCAGUUCGCGAGCAGACUUUACCACUGUUCAAGAAACCCCUGUUGCCUUGGACCUGUCUUACUUGCUUUGUCCAGUUCGGGAUUUUUGCCACAACGAACGGUUUUUACGUGUGGUUUCCAACAGUACUGAAUUCACUAGCUAAUCAUAAUGGCGACGAAUCUAGUAUCUGCGCUAUACUUGAUGCCACUAAGGCACAUGGCAAUACUACUGUGGUAAGUCACUGUUAAAGACUAUACUUUUAUGCUGCUAAUAUCAAACUAUUUAUAGGCUAAUGAUCUCCAUAGCCGAGAGAUUCGCACGCCGGUUUCAAUGUGUCGCCAUCUCUGAGGUCCCGGGUUUGAUUCCUGGUUAGAAUAAUGUAGAAAAUGAACUUUUCUAUAUUGUCUCGGGUCUGGAUGUAGUAUUACCUUCGUUGUCUCAGUUAGUUAGGUUUAGCUACCCAUCUUGGAAACUAAACAAUAUACGUGAUGCUGUUUAAUAUUAAUUUGUAUGUAUCAUUCUUCGCAAGACAUAAAAAUAACUAUUUGCACAUUUGGCACACUGAAUAA